CACAAUAUUCCGUAUUUUUUCAUCAAUGUUACAAUCACAGGAGCUUUCUGACAUACAUCAGCUAGAACGGAUUCUGGCGAUUGUGUUAUACAGAAAUGUGAAUAAUUCCUCGUAAUUAUCGGAAAUAAUCGUGUGAAGAAAAGCUCAGAUGACGAUAAUCGAUGUACAAUGUGUCAUGUGAAUAAAAAUGUAAAGCCUGCAUUUACCAGUGUGUUCUAUGAUAAAUCUAAAGAUAGAUGCUCGGAUGGGAUCCGAGUUAAGGUAGUUGAGUGCAGGGAAAUAAUUUGCGAAUGUUAAAUGGAAAAGGGAAUGCGAAAGAAAAAAACAAUUUGUCUUUAACCCUUGAAUGAUUAAUGUAAUCAUCGUGAAUAGUUACAAUAAUGCAUCAUCAUUCUUUUGGAUCAUCGAAAGGGGAUGCCCUGUGCCCCCUAGGUUUUCAUCCACAAGUGCGAUGGCCAACGAGGUGUAAACGUUGCUUCAGAGACUACAAGGAUCAUGCGGGCAAACGGACACCUGGACUGCAGGCGAGCAUCACUUCGUCAACGCCGAGCUUGUCCAAGUGGGAAUCAUCUCCUGGACGCUCAAGCGAUAGCUCAGAGACCAAGAGAACGUGGGCGUCUACGUCAAAUUUAUCCAAGGAUGAACCUUCAAAGCCAAAUACAUUGCCGGCAGAGGAGUGGAGCAAUUCAGCAGUUGACAUUUCCAGUAGGGAUAUCCAGAUUAGUGGUAACAGACCGAAGAGCUAUGUGGGAUCAGCCUCUGACACUGUAGCCUCAUUUCGCCGUCAUUCCGUUGAUGAAACGGCGCUUUUUGCGAAUGAUAGGUCCGAGGUGAAGCCGCAGACGCUGCAGAUCAGGCAGGUCAUUGAUAAGAGCUCCAGUGGCUCCGAAAAUGAUGUAGCGUUUAUUGUACAGGUAAGUAAGACAAAACAAAAUUCGGAGAGUGGUGCGGAAAAGACAGAAGGAAAAACGGAAAUCGAGAGGCUAAAGGCCCAAUUAGCCGAAAUGAAGGCGCGCUGUGAGAGGGUAGAGCGUGAAAAAGGUGAAAUAUUGCUGCGAAGAUUGGCAACCAUGGACACUGUAUCUUCCAAGAGCGCGAAGAACUCCGAAGUGUCGCGACUGCAGAAAUCAGUAAAAGAAUUGCAGUCCAAAAACGAGGCCUUGAGCGAUGAAAAAGCAACACUCUUGACGAAGAUUAAGAGUCUGGAGAAGGAAAUGGGUGCGAAGAAUGGUACCAGGGGUGAACGAGAUAGAUUCACGACGGAGGAUCUAAAAUCGAAACUCAAGGCUGCUGAGACACUUUGUGAAAAUCUUAUGGAUGAGAACGAGGAUAUGAAGAAGGAAAUCCGAGAGUUGGAGGAGGAAAUUUAUGAGAUGCAGGAUAAUUUCAGGGAAGAACAAGCCGAUGAAUACACAAACCUGAGGAAAAAACUCGAACAGUCCAACAAAAAUUGCCGAAUACUCUCGUUUAAACUCCGUAAAAUUGAACGUAAAGCGGAGCAACUGGAGACAGAGAAAACCGAUGUGGAAACUAAAUAUCAAGGGGUGAAAAGUAUGGAAGAAAAUCUCAAGAGACUGGCUAUAGAUCUCAAAGCGAAGGGAUUGGGCAAAUCCACUGGAUAUACUACGAAUGCUCAACUAAAGAAGAUGAUGGAAGACAUGGAAAGAGAUUUGGGCAACAUUUUUGGUGGUACCAACGCAAUACCCACGGGCAAUGACGUACCGAAUAUGUCUGAACAAGACAACAGCUCUAAAUACGAUAAACUGUACAAGGAGCAUGAAAUAUUGCAGGCGAAAUUGGAUAAGGCGUUGAAAAGCCUUGCCACCAGUAAGGACACGACUAAAUCCUCGGAAACAAACAAGGCUGAGAUUCAAAAUUUGAAAAAGAAGUUGAAUGAAGCAACGGCUGGUCGUGAAACUGACCGUAAAACCUGGGCAACUGAAAAAACUAAACUAGAUGAAGAAAAGGAGAAUCUGAAAUCAAAAUUACUAUCGCUGUCAGCUGAAAAAUUGAAAGUGUACAACGAAGUGUUAGAACUGAAGAAAGACCUGCAGGCGGCCAAAUCGAGCGAGAAAAAUAAUGUUAAAAUUGAAACGACUUUGAAUGAAUUGAAAAGAGAACUGAGUGCUGAGCGCGAUAGGUGUAAAAAGUUGCAGGAGGAGUUGUCGAUGUCGAGUGAGAGAGAGAGUAAAAUGUCAAAGAAUUUAACAUCAGUAGAGCAGGCGAAAGGAACAACCGAAGGUGAAUUGAAGCGCAUUAAAUCAGAAUUUGAAAAUUCAAAGUCUUCGAUGGCGAUGAAGAUAGCGAAAUUAACGGCAGAACUAAUGGAAAUUGUAAGAGAUCGGGAUAAAUGGAAGGCUCAAUUGGAGGAGGAUAAGGCGGCGAAAGACACAGAAGUAGGAAGUCUGAAGAAAAAGAUGGCAGCGCUCGAGAAGGCAGAGAACAAUGUGAAAAAAAUGAACGAGAUGAAGCAAAACUACAGCGAAAAAAUAACAAUUCUCGAGGAGGAAUUGCAAAAAGGUCAGCAGUUGUAUGAUGAAUUGCAGCUGAAACACGCCAAUCUCCAAGAUGAUAAAAAGAAGAUAGAAAGUGAAAAAGAAGCCUUCCACAAAAAACUAGCGGAGUAUCAGGUAAAACUAGAAAUGACGAAAGAGCGCAUGGAAAGUUCGGAAAAACUUCAAAAAUCUAAAGAAGAACAGUGGAAUGAAGAGAGACGACGACUCCAGGAGCAACUCAAGGAACGGGAGAAACCUUCAGUGACUAAUAUCCAUCUGGAGGAAUCCCGAGAAGAGGUCAAUCGACUGACGAAACAGGCAGAGUCCUUGAAAAUUCAACUGGACGACAUGAAAAGAAUCAACGAUGACCUGGCAAGCAAACUGAACGAUUACAACGCAGUUACUAAGAUCCAGAGAAAUCUGUCUGCCGACACGUCAGCCCUAGACCAGGAGUUACGAAAUACUAAAGCAUCGCUAGCUAACGUAGAGAAAGCAAGGAAGACGGAUUUGGCACAGUGUAAGAUGCGCUAUGAGAAUCGAAUAAAGGCUAUAAAUGAUGAGAUACAGUCGAUACAAAAUCAAUUGUCACGGUACAAACGCGAGAGAGACACAUACAAGCACAUGCUCGAGGGUGCACAGAGGACGAUUGGAGAAUUGAAAGCAGCCAGGCAGAGGAGACAGUCGACAACAUCCACUGGUAAAUCAGAUGAGGAUGAGGAGUCUACGGGUACUAAUGUGUCGACAUUGGAAAGACAAAUAAGCCUUAUGGAGGAUGAGUUAUCUGAGAGUAAACUCGAGGCAUCAAAAUUGAAGACGGAAUUAAUUUCGGAACGAUCUGCUUGGCAGAUUAAAUUGUCGGAGCUGCAGUCUAGAGUUAAUGAGCUUGAAGAGGAUAGAAUAUUAGUGAGUGGUAGAACGAAGAUUCCUGGAUUGAAGGCGCGCAUUGAGUUAGCGUGGCAGAAAGAACGGGAGGAACAGCAAAAACUGUUGCAAGAGACAGCGACUCUCGCUAGAGAUCUACGGCAGACGCUGUAUGAGGUCGAGAGAGAACGUGACAAGGAGCGUCUUGAGAACAAACGGCGUCAAGAGCAAACCCAGAAGAUAUAUGAAGAGGAGAAAGAGGAGACUAAGAAAAAAUUAAUCGAGCUCCAGUGUGAUCUUCUUGAGUUGCGAGACGCCCACGCGAAACUGAGAACGAGCAAUGAGAAGAUGAGACGAGAAAAGGAGCGUCACGAGAGGGAACGAGAGGAGCUCAAGGAUAUUAUAGCGAGUAAACGUCGUUUGGAGCAGAACGAAGCAAGGAACAUGAAUAUUCUACUGCGACAGGUCGACGAUCUGAUGAAACUAUUCCCAGAGUUGAGUGGGAAGGUUGAGAGCAGUAAGGUACCAGAUACUUAUACACCAACUCCACCGCGAAGAACUAAGGGACCAAAGUCGAGAGAAUCCUCGCCAAUGUUGGAUGGCAAAGAUGACAGUUUCAAAGGAUCCUCAAACAAUGUCAGUGUUGGCAGGACUGACAAGUUGGAGUAUACUAUUAAGAAGCUGAUGGAUGUCGCUAAGGAGAUGAAUGAAGCGAAGCGGUCGAUGGAGAGUGAGAGUGCGUCCAGAAAGAAGCUCGGCAAACGAGCAAGUUCAAUCGAUAAUGACAGUGGACAUGGUUCAUCAUCGAGUCGUUCGAAGGCCAGUCUUAAACGCAAAAGUUUAUCAUUGGAACAGACGUCUGGGAAAAAUGAUCAGGCAAUCUGGGGAACUGACAGCAAUCUCUCCAGCAUGGCGUCCCUUGAUUCCGAUGCUGAUUCUCGUCGUUUCAGUAACCAGAGGGACUCCAGUGUUGACAGUCGUUUAUCCGGCGGCUCAACCAAGAGUGAAAUGCUCCACCGUGAUAAAAAGCACAACAAAAAUUUGAUAAGAAAAAUAACAACAAAAUUGACAAAAUCAGCGAGCGUGGACGAUCCAAAUAGUUCUUAUGAUUUUUCACUCCAGACUUCCGGCUCUGAAGCGAGUAUAAUAGAAGACUCUCACAAAACGGAGAAGAAAAAUUUGAAGAAAAAACUCAGUGACAUGUUUAAACGAGGCUCCAAGAGCAAUGGGUUGGACAAAAAGGCGCAGGAAGGCAGUAGGCCCCCCUCCAGGUCGUCAAACGCAUGAAAGACAUGAGAAGUAACACGUUGACUAAAUGAUGACCCCAUUCACAUAUAUUUCUAGUCAGAAUCCAGUUGAAAAAAAAACCGAAAUGUGCAUAUUGAUUAGCAUUUACCUUCACCACUGUCCAAGGACAAAUCCAGCCCUUAUCAGCGUGUACAUAUCAGUGAUGGAAUGUGAAAAAGUAUUGUACAAGAAAAUUGAAAUAAAUACCAGAGUGACCCAUGA